UUUUUUCAUUGAGGAGGCAGAAGCUUUCGGCACUCGGAUGCUUUGAUAAUUCAGUCAAGGAAUAAAGUCUUGUAAAUUUAUUUACUUAAUUGUGAUGAUUUAUACAUCUCAAUAAAACCGGCUUACUACAAGAUACACAAGGAGCUCAUCAUUCUGACUUUCUUAUCAGCUGCGAACACGGUGUACGCAGAAGAUGAACAUCUCCAAUAGAGUGACGCCUCGUUACAUCACGCUGCUUUUGAGCUUUAUGACUGUCUUUCUUUUGUUCACCCAAACCCCAACCGAUAUGACCAUAGAUUCCUUUGAUGACUCAAUCUUUGAAGCUUCAUGUUCCUGUAAAACUUGCGUCAUGGGAUUUAUGGACGAUGACUGGUUCGUUUAUCGAUACAAUCCCAAUAUUUCACCACUGCUCAACAGAAAAAACAGUGUGUUACGUCGAGACACCUACAAAUGGUGGAGGGGUCUUCAACCAUCAUCGCUCAGGGUCAAUUACACAGAAGUGGUGGAUCAGAUGUUUUCUCUCUUCCCUGAUAAAGACCACUACGCAGACGCCGGUCCAGAUCGCUGUAGAACCUGUGCUGUGGUGGGAAACUCUGCAAACCUUCUGGGAUCCCAUUAUGGGUCACUCAUAGAUUUCCAUGAUGUUGUCAUUAGGAUAAAUAAAGGCCCGACAAAAGGUUACGAGAAAGAUGUGGGGUCUAAGACGACUCAUCGGAUUAUGUAUCCCGAGAGCGCCGUGGACUUGGAUGACUCCACCCAUCUGGUGCUUUUUCCCUUUAAGAUCCGUGACAUGCAGUGGCUCAUCAGUACCUUCACCACUGGACACAUUACACGCACCUACACACGAGUCAAAUCCUCAAUCAAAGCAGAGGAGAACAAGGUGAUGAUCCUCCAUCCUGCAUUCAUAAAAUACGUCUAUGAGAAAUGGCUGCUGAGACAUGGCAGAUAUCCAUCUACUGGCUUCAUUACAAUAAUAUUUGCCCUGCAUAUCUGUGAUCAGGUGAAUGUCUUUGGGUUUGGAGCUUCAAGUACUGGAACCUGGCAUCAUUACUUUGACAGAUCCCGCACUCACUUUAAAGGUGGCCCUCAUGGUGGAGACUUUGAAAACAAAACAAUGCAUCAGCUUCAGCAAAGAAACAAGAUUACAAUACACAAAGGGUUUAGAUAAAAAAAAAAAAAAAAGACUGGGUGGCCACAACACAUGUUAAUUUGUGGAAAGUGAUAAUAUGUUAUGGGCGGCCACAUUUUGUCAAGAUCACAGCAUCGAUGUGUUCCUUUGAUGAUGCGUAAACAAACCUUAGGUUGCUAUGAUCACACAGGUCUGUUUACGCAUUAAACAGAGAAACAAGAUUUCAAUAUAAAAAAAUAUUUAAAAAGUUCUUCCAUUUAAUGAAGGAUCUCAAAAUGAAGUUUACCAAAACAUUUGUACAAAAAUGAAUGUAAAAAGAAAGUUAAAUAAAUAUUUAAUAUGAAUGUUAGCUAACAAUGGUAAUGUUUUGAGAGUUGUGCAAAUGCUGUAUAAUGUCCUACUCUUAUUUAUAAUGCCUUACUGUAUCUACACACUGUAAACAUAUUAAAUGUACU